AUGCUGCAAUCCAGCGACGAAAGUCUGCGCAAGUGCAUUGGUAUAGAAGAAGACAGCAAAGACUUGUCGACCUUCAGCAAAGUCCUUUGUAUAUACACGCGUAAAGCGGAAUCUUUUGAGCUCUACUCAAUAAGAGACAAACAAGACGCCAUCUUCUCUCAAAAAUGGGAUAAUUUCAUUGAACUUCUGAGGCAGGCAGAGGUACGUGCAGUUGAACCUGCUGGUUUAACAGAGCGAAUCAUCAAUCAUGCAGCAAUAAAGAGCUUCACCAAGCUCGCAAACACCGAUAUCAAAGUGACAGAAUUUCACCGAGCUGGAGAAAGCCAAAUUCGCGGUAUAAUUACCACUUUAGAGAACGAGAAUGAUUUCAAUGACUGGCUUAUUGGACACAUACUCGAACAAGCUCGAAUGGAAGCCGAUGAAAAGCCUCGUGGUCAAAACGGAAAGCCAUUUGAUGAACUCUUCACAAGCUAUUUUGCGGAAAAUUUGAAAAACACAACAUCAAAAGACGAAUGGGAAUUAGGAGGCCGCGAACACUUUCUGGAAAGAGUGAAGUAUUUCACCGACCGAUAUUUAACGAUUGAGUGCAUUUUACCAGCCUUUCCUUGCAAGUCGUCGAACAGUGAUAAAGUUCAUGGUGCAGUGCCAGAUAAAGGCGAGGAACUAGCCCUGAGGCGUCUUAUUGCAGCCACCAGAGAAGUCCAGAGCUUCUACCCACCCGGAAUGAAAAUUUGGAUUGUGAGUGACGGCCAUGUGUUCAGUGACUGUAUCGGCGUGGAUGAUGACGUUGUAGACGCUUACACGGCUAAACUCCAUGAGCUAUACAAUAGUUUGGCUACCCCGGGGGUUGAUGCUAUUGGUUUUGUCGGCUUGAAGGAAUUAUUUCUCGGUGAUAACACUAUGACAAGUUUCGACGAGAGUAUGGUUAGCGAAAUUGACUUGCCGCACUAUACUGGGUCCAAAAUUUGUGAAGUUUCAGAACUUUCGAGACGGAUCCUAAUGAAAGGUUUUGACACUGAUGAUGGAAGAUUGAGACAGCAAAUCUUGAUACCUGGCCACCCCAGACUGCACUUAUUUCGAGGCUUCUCGAAGUUCAUGAUGGAUGACCUUUCUCACUUGAGCCAUUUCAAAAACUCUUCUCGAAAAGGUUUCAAGAAAGUAGUCUCCAAAGUGGCUUUCGAGAUGAUAAAACGUAACGAUGCUUACUCAAACCUGGUGGAAUUGCUGUUCCCACACCACAUGCGGUUCUCUAUCCAUGCUCACACGAACGCAGGCCCCAAAUUUGGCGUGAAAAUCAUCUCAAGGCACCAGUGUCAGAUUGUUAAAUCAUUGGACGCUCAAGAAGAGCCGUCAUUCGAAGAUUUGCUGCAUAUUCCGACCCCAUGGCAUAAUUGCGUGAUCAAACUGCACGAUGUCUAUUAUCUGGCUAAGUCAAAGGUUGCUAUCGACGCAAUUACCAGUGGCCAUUAUGAGGGUCAAUGGCAGGACGGAAGUGGUGAGAAGGACGUCGGAGGCCAUUUCGUGAUUAAAAAAAGCUUGCGCUUGCAGAAACAAAUGUAG